AUGCUCAUUAAGGAGUCUCACGUCGAUGUGCCGACCAAGGCCGACGGCAAGGAUGGUUCCAUGAGUUCGUGCCUUCCUGCCCCGGUUCCCGUACCGCAUUCCGUUCAGCAGCUAAACAGCAAAAACGCAAACCAGGAAUCUUCCUCUUCCACCCUUCGAUUCCGGGCUAUCCCCAAGCGUGAGAUCACUUCUGCUAUUUUUCAGUUCCAUGGAAUAUCCGCAAUUGACAUGCUCUGCAGCAAGUUCCCCGGUGUCUGCCUCUUCUCGGAAAUCUACCAAGUAACCGGCCCCGUCGCCCGCUUCGCCCGUCAGAUCGCGGGACAGGGCUACAUCGUCGCCGCACCGUCGUCCUACCACGACUUCACGGGCCCAGAGGCCCUGGCCUACGAUGUCCCCGGCACCGACAAGGGCAACGCCUGGAAGGUUGAAAAGACCCUCGAAUCCUACGACGAAGACUCUCGCCGCACCGUUGACUAUCUCCUCACUCUCCCCACCUGCACAGGCAAGAUUGGAAGCACGGGAAUGUGUCUAGGCGGGCAUCUCGCCGUCCGAGCCUCUGUACGUUCUCAACUACCCCUGCCCAAUAUGAGACCUCCUUCCCAUCCUCAGCUCUCCAACAACCGACACAAAUCUAACUACCCAUCCCCCAAGCUCGAUCCCCGAAUCUCCUCCUGCGUAGCCUACUUUGCAACAGAUAUCCACAGCCGCACACUAGGCCCUCACACCGCCAAAAACAUCUCCCCGACGGCCCCCGAGAACAGCACCCACACCCUAGACCUCUUCGCCACCAACCUCACCCACGCCGAGGUGGCCAUGAUCUUUGGCGUAAAGGACACUCACGUCCCGCCUGAAGGUCGCGACCUCAUCCGCGCCAAGCUCCGUGAGGCUGGCGUCACGACGAGCUUCUACGAGUUCGCCUGGGCCCAGCACGCCUUUAUCCGUGACGAGCUCAGCAAAGGCCGGUACGACCCGGCUAUUACCAAGGUGUGCUUCGAGAUCUUGCUGGAGCUAUUCGGGCGCACACUCAAGUUGGAUCUCGGUCCCUUGGAGGGCGUCGGCGAGGUCGAGCACGUGUGUUGA